ACUGGAGAUGCUGGCUUACCUGGACCACAGGGAUUUAGAGGUUCGCCAGGUUUGCCAGGUGCUCAGGGUCAAACUGGGCCUCAGGGGCCAAUGGGAAAUCCAGGAUUUCAAGGUUUGCCUGGUGAUACAGGUCAACCAGGACCAUCAGGUCUACCUGGUCUUGCAGGCCAAAGUGGUCAACAAGGAAGUCAAGGUUUACCCGGUUCAGCUGGAAGUCCGGGAGCUACCGGU